AAGAAAUCAGGGAGACAAGGUCAAAAGCUUCUUUAUUUGCCACGGUCACGUAUCUCAAUCUAGAAGUCGUGGGGUCCCUUCAAUGUUGAUACCACUCUAGUUGACACGACUCACCGUAGAAAGCUCCUUUGUUGUUUCCCCGAGAAAACGUUUUCCUGGGAAAAAUUAAUCAAAUCGGAUAAACGUACUUAAAAGCUUUGAGGAAAUCAUGAGCACCGAGUACGAUUAUCUGUUCAAGCUUUUGUUGAUCGGUGACUCGUCUGUUGGAAAAUCAUGCCUUCUUCUUCGAUUCGCUGACGAUGCUUACAUUGACAGUUACAUUAGUACCAUCGGUGUUGACUUCAAAAUUAGGACCAUCGAGCUGGAUGGGAGGACCGUUAAGCUGCAAAUCUGGGAUACUGCUGGGCAAGAACGUUUCAGGACCAUCACUAGUAGCUACUACAGAGGAGCUCAUGGUAUCAUCAUUGUGUACGACUGUACUGAGAUGGAGAGCUUUAACAACGUGAAGCAGUGGUUGAGUGAGAUCGACAGGUAUGCUAAUGACAGUGUGUGCAAGCUUCUUAUCGGUAACAAGAAUGAUAUGGUUGAGAGUAAAGUUGUUUCCACCGAAACUGGAAAGGCCUUAGCAGAUGAGCUUGGAAUUCCAUUUCUUGAGACCAGUGCUAAGGAUUCUAUCAACGUCGAACAAGCAUUCUUAACUAUUGCUGGCGAGAUCAAGAAGAGAAUGGGAAGCCAGACUACUGCAAACAAGGCCUCCGGAAGUGGAACUGUUCAGAUGAAAGGUCAGCCAAUUCUACAGAACAAUGGCGGUUGCUGCAGUAGUAGUUAAGCAAAGUGUUACCAAAAAACUAUGUGAGACGUACUUUUUCUGUUCUUACUGUGUUGUGAAAACCAAGGACUGUCUAAAACAACAACUGGAAACUUUAAUACGCUAUGACAUUGUCUGAAUUAUCUAUGGUGUUAGUCGAUAA